UAAAAGGAGACAUCUGCAGUAGGCUAGUGCAUUGUCAGGGCGUGUUCAGAGCUCUGUCCUCAGGACAAAAGCUACUUAACCUAUAACAGAAUAUUGCACAAACAACUCAUACAAAUUCCUGGACAAAAGAACAGAACUGUACUUUUACCAUGGACAGAUGACUCCAACAAAGUAAGAAGCAGUUUGAAUAAUCUGGACCAAGUGUGGGAUGGCUGAGAGUGUACCCACAAUGGAUAACUCUGAUGAGGAGGAGUUCUACGAUGCCCCAGAUUACCCUGAGUCAUACUAUGAGGACGGAAAGAUCACUUUACCAACACCACAGUCUGACUACGUUCCUCCACCAGGAGAUGUAAGAGUUCUCAGUGCUGACCAGGAGACUGUUUCUCUUGGCUUUUCACUCACUGAGACCUCUGUUAGGUAUAAACUGCAAAUAGAUUACUCCUGUGAUACACAGACAGGCAGUUUGAUCAGAGAGGACUCCAGCACUGUGACGGUUGAGGGACUGAAUCCUGGGACUGAGUAUACUUUCAGCAUCAGAAGGAUUGCUGAUAAUGGAAAUCAAAGCAAAGCAACCUUGCUAUCUGUCUUCACAGAGGCCAGCCCUCCUGCAAACAUUACAGUCGACCAGAUAAGCAGUGAGUCACUGUCUCUGAGUUGGGACCCACCUGCUGGUGAAGUGGAGAGCUACACUGUGACCUGUUGCAGCGAGGGAGAAACUGAACAAGUGUUGACAACAGACGCAAACAACCUGACUUUCAGCAACCUGGAGCCAGGGGUGUGUUACUCCCUGCAGGUUUCUGCACAACUUAGGAAUGGAAGACGAAGCAAGCCAGCUGUAACAGCUGCUGGCACAAAGACACAACUACAGAGUUUAUUGGAGGAUCUGGGACUGGAGUAUCAGGACAAAAAGAAGUUAUCCCUGAGUACAGUACUUCAGAUUGAUGAGAGGACCAUUACUGAUGAACCUGCCAAGCGUAAUUCAGAUCUUCGAUGUUUUUUUCUGAAGAAACUAAUGAUGGUUAAUGUGACAGCUAGGAAUAUGAAAUGUACAGCUACAUGUGAGUCAAACUGCAGUUAUCAGUCCAUGAAUACAGAGUUAGAUCUUGAUAAUCUGGUCAACAGCACAAAUUCAGAUGACAUGUUAAACCCCCUUGACAUAAUCACUGCUCUCUUUCUGUGGUCUGAUGGUUUUGUACAACAGGAAAUGGCACUCAAAAUGUCUAUGUGUCAGUUUUCUGUGCCUCUGUUGCUUCCCAAUUGUGACACAAAGCAGUGCACACUCAUGCUUUGGGCCAUGAGAGACAUCGUUAAAAAGUACAGACCUCAGUCACUUUCAGAGUCCAAGGGCUUCAUUGAACAAAGAAUUGUUCUCUCUGAACUUCCAAUGAUAUCUUUUGUGAGACUGGGUGAGUGCUCCCUGUCCAAGUCAGAGAUCCUCAAUAAGCUUCUGAGCAAUUCUCAGCAGUACCAUGAUACAUUUGUUCACUGUAACAUGGAGUGUGGUGACAGUCCAAGGAGAAUAUCCAAUGGACUGGUUGAAAUGACUUGGUACCUUCCUUGUGGGAACAAAAACAUGGAUAUUUUCAGUGAGCCAGUAGCUGUAGCUAACCUUCGUGGAGACAUUGCUUCAUUUGAAACACAGUUUUCUUUUUUGUGUCAGACAUCAGCAGCAGUUUUUGUGUUCUUUGACAAUUUGGACUCUGAGUGCGAGCUGCUCACCAACCAACACCACAAGGCACAGAUCUUUUUGGUAGGUAACCAUCAAAGUAAGCACUUCAGUUUAGACGCUGUAAAAAAGGUGGCAACCAAGUUGGGCUUGAACAACAGCAACAUCCUUUUAAAGACUAAGCAGAUGAAUGAUGCAGACUUUGUUAAAAAUCUGAGGAAAACAGUCAGCAGUGUAGUUGAGAACUCAAAGAUGAAGAUGCAGAUUGAGCAGAUGGCUGACAUUGCCCAUAAACUGGGAAUCUUGGUUGAUGAAGACUCUGCAGAGUGCCAGACUGCCAAGAAAAAUGCAGAUGCUCUGAGUGAAGAAAUUCAAGACAUCCUUAAAUACAAAGACACUCAGCUACCCUUGCAAGGCCAAAUAUGGAAGGAACUGACUCGCUUAGAGAAGGAACAAUUUCGGCUUCGAAAUGUUGGGUCCCAGAACGUAGAAAAGUACAAAAGUGACCUUGAGAUACAGAAAACAGAACUUAGGGAUAAACAGAACUCUUGUGACAUGUCAAAUGCAAUGACAUGUUUUAUCAAUGCAAUAUCAAGCCCAGGGAUAGAGAGGUGCUAUUUCCUGAAAUGGAUGCGAAUGAACCUUGAUAACCUGUCUCGAGAAAAAUUAUCUGGUCUCCGAGAUCAGUACAAAAAGAAAUGCAAAAAUUCUGAGAACAAAGCGGAGAUCAAAGAAAUUGACAGACAACUCUCCAACAGCUCACUGGGGACUGAACACUUCUUCCGUGAAAUGGGUCAGAUCUAUGAGGCUUCACUGUCUCUUCCAGAAACAGACCCAUCACGUAAACAGUUACAACAUCUGCCCAAACUAUGUGCAGAAUUGUUACUUGAUGGAUUUCCCCUUGAGCUUGUAGAUGGAGAUGCCUCCAACAUACCUCUCAGAUGGGUGAGUGACGUCCUCUCUCAGCUCAAUGGCUUGGUGUCUCCUAAGAACAAGAUACUGGUGGUCACAGUUCUUGGAGUUCAGAGCACAGGAAAGUCUACUCUCCUCAACACCAUGUUUGGAGUGCAGUUUGCAGUCAGCAGUGGUCGAUGCACUCGAGGUGCCUUUAUGUUGCUCAUCAGAGUCAAUGAAGAUGUUCAAAAAGUCCUCAACUGUGACUUCAUGGUGAUCAUUGACACUGAGGGCUUAAAGUCACCAGAGCUUGCACAACUGGAUAAUAGCCAUGAGCACGACAAUGAGCUUGCAACACUUGUUGUGGGGCUGAGUGAUAUCACCAUCAUCAAUAUCGCAAUGGAGAAUUCAACAGAAAUGAAAGACAUCCUACAAAUAGUUGUGCAUGCUUUUCUCAGGAUGACAGAGGUGGGCAAAAAGCCCAAAUGUCAGUUUGUCCACCAGAAUGUGUCAGAUGUUUCAGCUCAUGAGAAGAACUUACGAGACAGGAAAUUGCUCUUGCAGCAGUUAAAUGAGAUGACCCAGGCAGCAGCCAAAAUGGAAAAGAAAGAGGAGAGCAUGAGCUUCAGUGAUGUGAUGGAGUACAGUCCAGACACUGGGAACUGGUACAUUCCUGGACUGUGGAAUGGAAACCCACCAAUGGCACCAGUCAAUGCAGGGUACAGCGAAGCUGUAUAUGAGCUCAAGAAAAAUGUCAUCCAAAUUUUGGGACGUUGUGAGUCAUCUGCUAACAAUAUCUGGAGUUUACAGUGGAUGAAAAGCCUGUGGAAUGCAGUAAAGCAUGAAAACUUCAUCUUCAGCUUCAGAAACAGCCUGGUGGCUGAUGCAUACAUGAGGCUGUGCACAGAAUUCAACAAAUGGGAAUGGGAAUUCAAAAAAGAAAUGUACACAUGGGUUACAAAUGCUGAGACAAGAAUUUCCAAUUUUGGCAUAUUUGCUGUGGAAUCUGAGACACCUGAUAUGAAACAAUUUCUUGACCAUUUGAAAAGUGAAGCGUGCACAGUGCUGACGGAAUGGGAGACAAAGCUUCUUGACAAUUUGUCACAGUACUUCAAGCAAACAGAGGGUCACGUCUAUCUAGUUGAAGGAUACAGAGAAGACUUUGCAAACAGUGCAAAGACCCUUCGACGAGAAAUGGAGAGCUCUGUGUUUAAUCAACUCACAGCAACAGCUGACAUCAGACAGGGAAUGACAGAACUUGAUAAAAUCAAAGAGAACCACGCAAAAGAAUUAGAGGGCAGAGUGUGUGCACUGAUUGAACAAUGUCGCGGAAAAAAAGUGGAGAUGACAGUCAAAGAGCUGGACAAAGAAUUUGAUAAGAUGUGGAACAGAAUGGUGAAGGAACUCUCCUUCUCUAAGCAAAAGCCUGCUGAUGUCUUUGCAAGGGUGUACCACUACCUGAGAGAAAAUCUAAGGCGUAAGGGAAGUCAUGUCUGUCGGUUGUUAAGUGAAAAAAGCCUGACAGAAUGUGGACUUGUUCCUUUCAAAUAUACUGCAGAAGGAUUCUUCAACCAGUUGAAACACAAAAUCUCCAAGUUCUUCAACAUUGAAGAUCACAUAAAGACUGUACAGCAAGUGGCUGACAGUAUCAUAGCAGAUUGCAAACAGUUUGUGACUGGAAAAGUGGAAAGAAAAAGCAAUUACCAUGACACUUACAUUCAGGAGAUCCUCCACAUGAUUGACGAGAAGCUGCAAAACAAUAAGGAUAUGAAGACAGAUGCUGAGUUUGAAGUUUCUCUGAAACAGCACAUCUGUGGAGAUGCAGCCAGACAGUUUCAGAAAAUGCAUGAAGAUUUCCUACAUGAGAAUGAUCCCUACAGGUGUCUGAAUGAAAACAAAGCUAAGUUUCUAACUGAUUUUAAAGAUGUGUUCCAUGAACGAGACCAGUGCCAGAAGAAGGCAGAAGAAUUCACAAACUGCUGCCUGAAGCCUGCAGUCGAAGACUUUGUCAAGCGUUCCUUGGGUCCUGAUAUCAUUGGUGAAAUGAUGACAAGCCAGCAGUUCAGCACACGAAUAUACCUCCAGUAUACAAUUUUACUGGAUUUGCUCACAAAGGAUGACUUUAAAAGCUAUCUGAGCUACAUUGGCUCAUAUGAGUAUUAUGUAAAGAAAUGGAUCCUCGACCAAAUAGUAGAACGCUUCUCAAAAGGGUCUACCAUGUUUGAGCUUGAGGAUAAACAUGUUCAGUCAAGCAUCAGGAACAUAACUAAUGCUAUCAACAAAGCUAAAACCAAAAAGAGUUGCAACUUGAAGACAUUUGUUGAAGAUGUCUGUCAGGAACUUGGUGAUAAACUGGUCAUUUCCCAGGAUGCUCUUGGUGCUUUCAUGAUCCUGAACAAUGCCGACCCGGAACAGUUUGCUAACUGGCUCACUGACUGCCUGAAGGACAUGGCAGAAGCUCUUAGAAAGAAGUUUAAAGAAACAAACAUCCAAAUGAAAUUAAGAAAACUCAAUGUGAAUCCUCAGAGCGAGCUUUUCACCAAACUGAUUGGAUGUGGUAAACAGUGUCCAUUCUGCAAAGCACCUUGUGAGGCAGGAGAAAAAACCCACACUGAGCACUGGACGUCACUACAUCGGCCAGAUGGUCUGGGUUCAUAUAGGUGGAGUGGGACCAAUAAACUUGCCAUUGACAUAUGCAGUUCCUCUGUGCUCACUGACAUUUGUUUUCGCUGCAAUGCUACCAAUGGUCAACGGCACCCUUACAAGCGUUACAAAGAAAUUUUCCCUGACUGGAAAAUUGUUCCAGAAGCAAGCCUCCAGGCAUCAGACUACUGGAAAUAUGUACUGGAAAGGUUCAACGAUAAGUUUGCCAAAGAAUAUGAUGCAAAGCCUGCCGAUAUUCCUGCCAGCUGGAAAGGUAUUACAUGUAAGCAAGCAGAGGCAAGCAUCAAAGAGUCCUUUAACAUCAAGUGAGAAACGACAUUGUGGUUACAGAGGUGUACAUCCUCCUCAUAUACGUUCACUAUCCUGACAUGGAUCUUUUGAUCUUAUGUGUUCUGAACGAUACUGAAGACAAUCACAAAGUAACAUUGCAUAUAUAAGAUGACAAGGUUAAAGAUAUUGUCAGUGCUCAGAUAUAUUUUACCACUGAGGCUUGAAAUAGGAAAAUAUAAGAAAAUCACUGCAAUUAGUGCUCACUUUUACCUGAGCUCACACUAUACUUGCUUCAUGUGUGACAGAUGAAUGUCAUUGCCACUGAAAAGAUGUACACAGUUAAUCAAAUGCGAUAUUAUAUCUUUCAUUGAGUGUUUUUGUUUCUGUGAAGUAUCUGAUGUCAAAUUCAUUUUCUUUUUUAAAAUCACCCCUCAGUCUUUAUGUGAUAUUGUCAUAGCAGGACAGUUUACAAAAAAUCUGUUCAACUAUGAGAUGCUGUUGUUUACUCAUAAUUAGUGUCUACUUGAUUUUUGUUUCAGUGAAGUACCUAAUGCUAAUUAUUCACAAUGUCAAUGUAUUAAAAGAUCACCCAGUUUCAAUGUCAACAUCAGAGUCUUAUCUAAUUGAAUGUAAUAUGUUGUUUUCAUAACUCAAAAUUUGGAAUGUCUUUGUUUUAUUUAAAUUAGGUACCUGGUAUCAUUUUAACUCAGACUUUAAAAUCUAUUUUUUUGUGAAGUAUCUGAUGCAAAAUAUUUGACUUUUUCCUUUUUUAAACACCACUCAGUCUUUAUGUGGUAUUGUCAUAAUUAAGUAUGGUAUGUGAUUGUUUACUCAAAAGUUAAAAUAGAUUGUUUUUUGUUUCUAAUAGGUUUCUAAUGUAAAAUAUUUACAUUUUCAAUGUAUUAAAAGAUCACACAGUUUCAAAGUCAACAUGUGGGUCUUAUCGAAUUGAGUGCGAUAUGUAAUUUUCGUAACUCAAAAUUUGGAAUGUCUUUCUUUUAUUUUAAUUAAGUACCUGGUUCUACAUACAGUAUAUACGUUUUUAAGUUUAUCUUUAACUCAGACUUUAAAAUCUCUUUUUUGUGAAGUAUCUGAUGCAAAAUAUUUGACUUUUUCCUUUUUUAAACACCACUCAGUCUUUAUGUGGUAUUGUCAUAAUUAAGUAUGAUAUGUGAUUGUUUAAUCAAAAGUGAGAAUAGAUUUGUUUUUGUUUCUCAGAAGUAUCUUAUACAAAAUAUUUACAUUUUCAAUGUAUUAAAAGAUCAUUCAGUUUCAGUGUGAACAUGUAGGUUAUACAUGACAAUGAUUUUUCCUUAUCUACAUGAGAAGAGCAUGUAAUUUCCUUACCUUGAAAUCUGGAAUAUCUUCGUUUUUAUCUCAAUUAAAUAUCUGGUGACAAAUACAUUUUCAGUUUAUGUAAUAUUUUUGCUUAAUACUAUUUUUAUUUUUACAUUUCUAUGAAGUAUCUGAUGUCACAUAGUUACUUUGUUCAAUCAAUUAAAAUGUCUUCCCUCUUUAUGAGACUCAUUCUUGAGAACUUGGAACCUUACUUUUGGGGGUUUUUGAUUUCUAGUCUUCAAUUAGGCUCUGAAAAUAUAUCUGACACGAACAAAGUCUUGAUUUUUAAACCUUGUAAUGGGCCAACCUGCCAGUCAUUUAAUUUUGUCUUGAAUAGCAUAAUUGAUGUCAGAGGUAAGAUCUGACAGAGUUGGCAAAAAGUUAUAUAUUUAAUAAUUUCACUGCAGUUGUACAGAGUAGCCUUUUUAUUUUUCAAAUUUGCUGAGUGUUCUCCUAAUGCUAAUCAAAAUACUAAUUUUGAAACCACAUUUAUUUUUUAGUUUUGAUUUCGAAGGGCUUCAAAGUUGACAUGUUAUGAUAGCAAUAUUAUGUAAUGAAUUUAUCAAAACAUAGAAAGCUUACCAGUACUUGAGCAGCAUUCCCACCUUUUUGGACACCAGGAAGUGAGACAGGAGUCCUUAGCAUGUAUAUGUAAAUUUGAAAGAGUUGACAAAAAACUUGGACACAUCAUUAAAGGGUGAACAUUGUCACAAAACAUAAAUUAGAUUAUAGAUUAUAGUAGAUAAUUUUUACACUUAUCAGUAUAAACUGUUAGUUCUACAUUGUGAGGACUUCACACAUUCUUUAACGAUUUAAAGUUGCAAAUUUUUUGUCUGGGACAUGGGUUUUGUUGCACAGGGCCAGUUUAGAAGUUAAAAAAAAAAAGAGCAGAUCAAAAUAUUUUAUAAAUCAUGUUUAUUUCAUAAUAUUAAUCAUUUAAAAAUGAAUUCA